AUGAGCUUUCCGAUGAUCAAGGAGAAGAAACAAAUUGGUCCUGUUGACCUCAUGCUUCGGGUCAGCUGCUUCGAGAGGAAGGUUGGUGCUCCAAAUCAAACCCAUCGUCAGUUUCUCCUGGUCUACUACAAGUCUCUCUGCCUUUUGGAGAGUCAUUUUCCAGAUUUCUGUAAGACUUCCUUCAACAUCCACAUGGAAAAAGCUGUUGUCUUGUACAAUAUUGGAGCUAUAAGCCAUGCCAUGGGGCUUAGCGUCGAUGACAACACCAUUGAUGGUCGUAGGGAGGCAUCCAUGGAGUUUUUGGCCGCAGCAACUGCUUUCUCAUAUCUGAGGAAAAACGAGUCCCUGAAAGUCUUGGUGGAGGAAUGCACAGUUGCUGGUAUGUUGGAGGUGUUCAUGCUUGCUCAGGCCCAAGAGUGCAUCUCUCUCAACUUUCUGGAGAAGGCAGCUACAAGCAUCGAUGCUGUUAAAGCAAAACUUUGCUCCCAGGUGUCUUUGUACUAUGCUGAGGUUCUCGAGGCACUCAAUGCUGCUCCUCUCAGUGACUCCUUUGAGAAAAGCUGGAGUUCAUAUGCAGAGCUCAAGGCAGCGAUUUUCCAUGCUGAAGCUUGCCUUUGGCAUGAGGUGGAAGACACUAAUUUCAGACCAGCAAGGCUUAGUGAGGCAAUGAGUCGUUUAACAAGGGCUGUGAAAUCUGCAGACAAGGAACAUCCUAUUCUCCAAGAAGAAGCUAGCAGUUUAAUUGAAAGAGUUACUGGCUUUCUAGCAAGUUAUGAUGAUAGGUUCAAGAAGAACUUGUGUGAGAGAAAGCUGCCUGAGAUUCCGUCUUUCUCUGUUAUUGAGCUAUUGAGAGAGCUAUUGGAAGCCAGCAGCGAGAAGAUGUUUGGCAAAGAGUUUCCAGACAAGCAUGCUAUGAGUUUUGCGAGGUACACUGAGAUGGUGGAUGAUGAAAUCAGGAGAUGUGCUAGUGGUGAAGAGGAAGAUUUGGGAAAACAGCUUGAGCUGCUUAAAAAAUUGGAGGGGCUUAACGAGGAUGAGGCUUUUGGUGGAGAUCACAAGGCAAAGAAGCUCAGGAAAACUGAUACUGAGGCACAGAGAAAAUCCAUCAUCGCCACAGCGUUUGCAGCAGAAAAUCCCACUCCAUCAGCAGCAUCUGUCACAGCAUUAGGUGGUGGUUUCGCUGAAAAGCUGUCACAGAUCGAAAAUGUUAUAUCUGCUCAAAUGGAUGUAGACAAGAAUGAUGGCGCUUGGUUUGUGAAGCAAGUGGAGAAGGUGAAGGAGGAAUUCAGAAAGGCUAUGGAGGGGAAAGAGAAUUCCUGCGAAGAUGUAUUGGAUCAACUGAUUGCUCAAAUGAUUACUUUGAAGACAGAACAAGAGAUGAAGGUUGGUGCUUCUUUCAAGGUUUUCUAUGAGGCAAUGGCGGACUUUGAGUCCAAGAUCAGUGGUAGUGAUCUGAGCAGCCUCUUGUCGUUGGUAACUGAAGCAGGCCUGAAAGAAAUUCACCGUGCGAUCUCCUCCCUUGCUGCACUGAAGAGAGAAAGAAAAUGCUACAGUCAAAAUUCUGUCAAGGAUAUGACCCUCAAGGCUCUACUUGAUGAGCUGGUGUUGGCCUUUCAUGCCGAGGAUUUCUACAGCUGUCAAGUCAUCCUCCAGCGAGUGAAGGAAAUGGCUGUAAUGGCCAAGUUAUCACAAUUGGCUUGA